AGUGUUGCCGGCAGCAGUGCCUGGACUUUUGGUUUACCACCGCGACCACCCAACGCCCCAACCAAACCAACCCACACGCUAAAAGCCUAAAACCCUCCUCUCCGCGCGCCUCCUCGGCUCCUCGCCAUGGACGGGGACGACGCCGGCGGCCAGCUCCCCGCAGCCCCUGCUUCUCCGCGCACCGAGGAGGCGAUCGCCGCGGCCCAUGAUGACGCCCGCCUCCCACCCACCCCCUCCGACGGCGAGGACUACGAUGACCUCUACGGUGACGUCAACGUCGGCUUCAACUCCCUGCUGCCGCUCUCCCCCUCUCCGGCUCCGACAUCGCCUCCCAAAACCCCAUCCCCGGGCCCCUCCUUCCAGUUGCCACCCCAGUGGCCGCACCGUCCCCCGCCUCCGGAACCCCUGCCCGCGCCUGCGCCCCAGCGCGAGCCCGAGCCGCAACCAAGACAAGAUACCAAGCGACACCAGCCGCCGCAGCCUACCCCGUCCGUGCCGAGACACCACAUGACGCCGCGCGGUGGCGGCGCCUCCAACUCGUCGUCGCCCAGGUGCACGUCGCUGUACAUCAGCGAGCUCCACUGGUGGACGACGGACGCGGAAGUGGAGGCCGCUCUCGCGCUCGCGCCGGACGGUGCCGCCGCCGCGUUAUACGGCCUCCACUUCUACACCGAAAAGAUCACCGGCAUGUCGCGCGGCAUCUGCCGCGCCGAUUUCCUCCAUCCAGCCGCGGCCGCCGCGGCCGCCACCGCGCUCCAUGGUCACGCCUUCCACGGGCGCAAGUGCGUCGCCUCUCUCGCCCCCUCUCCCUCCCUCAACCUCCUGGGCGACGACCUCGACUCCUACGCCGAAGCCGCCUGGUCCCGGAACCCUACUGGAGGCCUCGGCAACGGUGGUCAUGGUGCGAGCGAUGCCACGGCGGGUCGAGGCAAUGUGGCCCUCGCCUUGGCUGAUCGGCUGCCUCUGGCGCGACCUCAGCUGUCCGUGGUUCCCCGGCCGACACCUAGGAGCGUUCCGUUCGCUGGUAUUGGUGGGUACGGUGGGUUCCAGUCAAUGAGACAGUACAGUGCGGGGAUGGGCAUUGCUAUGAUGCCGUCGGCAUUGGCACACCGCGUGAACCCACCGUUCUUGGCGUUGCAAGGUUCAGGAUUUUGGUAUGAUCAGGGGAUAUCUGGGAGCUUUUGGGGAGCACAGCAGGAACGGAAUUUCGGAGGUUGUCAAAUGCCAUGGCAGCAGCUAAUGGCCCCAAGGCAGCAGCAGCACCAACAGGCGCAGCAGCAGUUUGGGAAUUGGAACUACGGGAUGCAGGGGCGUGGCUUAAGACAUGAAAGACUAAGUAAUACGAGGAGCAUUGGCAAUGUGAGGUAUCUGGAUAGAAGGCAGGCUAACUGUGAUGGGGGUGAUCGGUACAAAGAGAAUGAUUGUGAGAAGGGUCGUCAUCGGGAGGGCAUCUUGGACAAGGAAAGGGAGCAGGAGAAGCACUGGAAUCAGAGGGAUAGACAUGGUGGCGACAAUCAGAUGGAUAGAAGAGUGCGUGCAAGGUCAAGGAGCCAAUCAAGGGAUGAUAGUGAUGACGAUAAUCCAAGGAGGCGGCGCUAAUCUUGGGCUCCAGGAAACAUGUAAAUGGUAAUUGAAAUUCUCAGAAACACAUUGUACAUUGUUCUAUUACCAGGGGCCGAGUAAACGACCGUCCACAAAAAAAAAA